AUGCCAUCCUGUGCCACCUUCCAUCAUCUUCUUGUGAGCUUCCCUUCAUCUGUCCACCGAAUCCCAGGGACCUGGAAACCCGUCUUUCUACCUCCCUCUGCUCCACACCUUUUCUCUGCUGCAGGACCGAAUCCACCCCCAAUGAACUACCAGAUGGUUGACUCAAUUGCCUUGUCCCUGGUAGGGGCGUUUUUUGUGGCGUUCCUUCUGCUACAACGGUCAGGGGAUACCAAUAUCAAGCGAAUCCCCACCCUCAAGUACUACGCCUGGACGCCGGCCAUUUUCAAUCGGCUCCUCUAUUAUCCCAAAGCUGCUUGCCUGAUCUAUCGAGGUUAUGAAAAGUACAAAGAUACUCCCUUCCGCAUGCUCACGGCAGAUGGAGCACUCACUGUUUUGCCGGUCAAGUAUUUGGAUGAGCUUCGCAAUCUGCCUCCAUCAGUUAUUAGCUCCCUGGAUGCCCAAUAUGAACAGAAUGCGUUGGGUGACUAUACAAAUAUCCUCGUUAAUAGUGGCUUACCCUCAGCCACGGUUCGAAAGCGCUUGACUCCUGGGCUAGGUCGAAUUGUUCCCUGGGUCAUUGAUGAGCUCCGAUAUGCCUUCGACUCGGCUAUCCCAGAAUGCGAAGAUGAUUGGAUCAAAGUCAAGCCGCACGAGAUGUUCGUUCAGCUCAUCGCCCGAGCCACAUCACGCGUCGUCGCCGGCGAUACACUCCGCCGCAACGAAGAAUGGCUAAACACCGCAAGCCAGUACUCCGUGAACGUAGGAAUCACGAUAUUCCUACUUCGUCCAUGCCCAACAUUCUUCCGGCCAUUGGUCGCGCCCUUCCUGCCAUCAGUGCGCCAAAUGAAACAGCAGCUGCGUUUCGUCAAGAGCCUGUUCAUCCCGAUGAUCCGCGAACGCCGAGCCGCCGAGCAGGCCGCUGACCCGGCGUACGUGAAGCCGGACGAUUUCCUGCAGUGGAUGAUGGAUAUGGCUGAGGAGGGACAGGACCAGGACCCGGAGCUGCUUGCUCAUCAUAUGCUGCUCCUCAUGAGUCUGGCUGUCGUGCAUACCAGCUCCAUGGCUUUGUGCCAUGCGCUUUAUGAUCUGAUUCUCAUGCCCGAGUAUCUAGAUCCACUGCGUGAAGAGAUCCGGCGCACUUUGAGUGAUGGAUGGGAGAAUGCUACGCAGACGUCGCUCGUUGCGCAGCGUCGGCUGGAUAGCUUCUUGCGCGAGUCGCAGCGGUUCAAUCCUCCGGGUGAAUUAUCCUUCCACCGCAUGAUCAAAGAGCCUCUCGCCCUCUCCGACGGCCUUGUCCUGCCCAAGGGAACACAUAUCUGCUUCGCCGCAGGGCCCAUGAGCAAAGACGCCUCCUUCAUUCGCAACCCAGACAAAUUCGACGGAUUCCGAUGGUGCCCAGACGCCUCAGACCGAAACGCCCUCACUUCACCCAGCGCAACCAUCCACGAUAGCACCAGCGAAAACGAAAGACCACACCUAACAAAAACCCCAGCAACCCCCACACCCACAGCAUCCAGCUUCGUCUCGAUCAGUCCCGUCAGCAUGCACUUUGGAUUCGGGCGCCAGGCGUGCCCCGGCCGGUUCUUUGCGUCGAACACCCUCAAAGCCAUCCUGAGCCGGAUUAUCUCGGAGUACGACUUCAAAUUAGAGGAAGACCAGGCUGGGAAAAGACCCGCUAAUCUGGUUGUCGGCGAGCACAUUAUCCCGGACAUGUCGGCGUCGGUGCUGUUGCGGAAGAGGUCGAUUGAGCGGACUAUUGGGGUGGCUUAG